AAGGUGUGGACGCCAUCUUAUCAUUUUGUGCUGAACUAUGUUUUCCGGGCUUGGCGCGAGCAUAAGCCAAGUGUUUAUAUAGUCAAUAAAAUAAUUGUAUCAUAUUAACAAACAUGACAGAUAAAGAAGCCGGUAAGUAUUGGAACACAAUGGUAUAGUUUUAGCGUAUUUGAUAUUUCGAAAUCAGUUAUCAAAUGUUUAAUUAUUUUGUGCUUCAUUUGAUCCUUUGUCGUAUCGACUCUUUCUUAGUCUUGAUUGAAUGGUCUUGGCCUUGGCUGUACAGUACUGUACUGUACUUGGCAGGCAAUUCUUUUGCUUCUAUUUUAAAUAGCGUAGGCAGAGUUCCGAGUGUUUAUAGCCUGCGUAAAAUUUUACUCCAUCACUUAUACAGUACAGUAGAGUUUAUUCUUUCCAUCAAUGUUAAUGAUUAUGACAUGAUGGACACUUCUCUAAGUUUGACUGUCCAUUUUUGUGGUUGAAUUUUAGCAGAUAGUAUUUUUAAUUUAGUUAUGGGCCUGAUCUGUAUGGGAAAGGGCUGGCGGUUAUGGAGGUUCCCCAGGUCAUCCACGACUAACCAUACUAUAAUUCCGAAUUAAAAUGAUUGUGUUUGUUAGCUCUGCAUUUAAAAAAAAAAAUUUUAAUGAAAGGUUUUUUUCCUUGUUUUUAUUUUUGUCUGAAAGUCGGAAGGGUUCUGGGGUAUAGCCUACUUAUUUUGAAGCUUUUAAUUAAUGUAACUUGAAUUUUAAUAAUUAAAAGGGAAUGGAAAUUAUUAUUUUUUUAAUAUUAAUAUAUUAACUGUAUGGAUCGCUAGAUAUAGUUUAUAUAUCUAAGUGAAGAACAGGAAGUUAUACACAUCGUUCAAAACCAACUUUUUGUCUAAGCAGAGAAGCGCCCAAAGUUCACUACGGGGAUUCCCCAAAAUGACAUCGCUGCGCUUAGGGUGAGACAGCUCUUGGCAAACCCAUGCCCUAAAUACACCUUUACCCGUCGUGAUCUAAUGUUUUACUGGGGAAGGGGGGUGCAGAGCUGGUUACUCUAAUGAUUUUGGGGUACAAGAUAUGAUUUUGAUACGCUUUUUAUGAUUGUUUGCUGCGACCUGCCAUAACUAUCAUUUUAAGAGAUCAAGUUGAAAAAAUAUAAUCUGCUAGUUUUUAUCAUUUAAAAAAGUUUUUGGUUAUUAGUUUUAGCUCCUUUCCACAUCCGUCGGUGUUGUCUAAGGAGUGUAUGGAUGUGAAUGGGAGGUGGUAAGGGUUAGUGAUCUAAAUAGUUUUAAAGGCUAUAAAAUAAGACUGCCACUUUCCAUAAUAAUGGUGAUUGUCAUAUUGUUGCUCUAUAUUUUCACAAUGAACUUAUUACUUACAGCAACAGUACAGUGAUAUUUAAUUUCACCCUAAUGACAAAUUUAGUCAACAUUGGCCUUUGUUUGCUUCGAUGCUCUACGUCAUAAGUUUAUGACAUAAUUAUUUCAUUCUUAAACUGAACCCGGAUUGCAAAAAUUGAGAAAUCUGCAUUCUCAAUUGCGUUAGAUUUGACAUUUUAUAAGAUCUAAUGAGCAUCAUUUGAAAUCCUAUUUUUAGCUGUCACAAAGCAGCUGCACAGUUGUAAUGCCCCAAGCCCUCCUCUUCCCUUCUCCCAGUACAUCUUGCUGUGGUCAUGAGACAUGUUCAAAUGUUAAUAUUUUAACAGAAAAAAAAAAUUAGGCUCCUAGGCUUAAUGCAGAUGUGGCCGAUCAAGUUAAAUAUCGUAUCUUGCUAGUUGUAUCACAUAUUAACUUAUUUCUUCAUUCAAUUAGCGAUUAUUCUUGGUAUAAACACACAUUUGAAAUAUAUAUAAAUUAUUUAUUGGGAUGGUUCAUUUUGGAGCUAGAUGGCCAAGUGGUCUAAAUUGAACCAAUCUCAAGUUGGAUGGUCUGGAGUUCAAUCCCCAUCAAAGCCCAGUCAAGCCAAAACAUCACCACCACCCUGGGUGGAUGGGACUUAUUAACCUUGGAUGGAAACUCAUCUAAGAGAAGGAAACAGAUUUCAAACCUGGAGUUGGAUUCUCUCGGGGGAUAACAUUGACACAAUGAAACAUUCCGAUAACUCAUGUGACGCCACUGGUGCCAAGCUGUAUCAUACACAUGAUGUUCCCUUCGUUUUUUCAGCGGCGUGGAGAGAGGCAAUUUGGUGUAGGGGACCAGCUUAUAAUAAUAAUAAGAGGUCUUAUAUAGCGCGGUACCCCAGCCUAGGGCUGGGCUCACCGCGCUGUACAUAAAAAUUUUAUCAAAAGAGACAUAAUAAUGACAUUAAAAUAAAAUACAUUUAUGAAAUAAAGAACAGCAUGUAUAUUCACCCACCCCACCACAUAACUAUUACAAGGCAAACCAUGGACGGCAGCCAGCAAGAUCGUUUAUUGGUCAGAGGAGGGGAGUCAGUCAGGGUAGUAUAAUUUAAAAAGAUAUGUUUUGAGUGCAGUUUUGAAGGCCUGGGUGGUUGGUAUAUUAUAACCUAGAAGAAUAAUCCCAUGCCUUGUGGAUUUCGUCCUGCUAAGAAAAAAAAAAAACUUUGGUGUACACAACCUUAUUUUAUUUGGUAAUAUUUCUUUUAGUAGCUUAUCAGCACGUUUACAUUUUUAUCACACAAAAUGCUUAGAAUUAGAAAUAUUAUUUCUUUAUUAAACUACAUUAUUACAUCUGAAUAAUUUAAUAGUUGUGGACAAUCUGAAAAAAAGAUAAGGGUUUUUGCAAUAUCAUUAAAAUUACAUUCACAAAAUUUGUAUCAAUAUAUUUUUUUAAUGUCUUUAACAGUUUUCUUCUUGAUUUAUUCCAGAAAACUUUGAUGAAGCUGCUGAAGAAAGAGUGAUAAAUGAAGAAUAUAAAAUAUGGAAAAAGAACACACCUUUUCUUUAUGACCUUGUGAUGACACAUGCUUUAGAAUGGCCCAGUCUUACAGCACAGUGGUUGGCGGAUGUUACACGGUAAUUUUACUAUAGUUCGAAGAAGGGGGAAAAAAAAUUAGAUUUAAUCUUUAACUCUUUCUCUCCGGAACAACGAUCCCAUAGUCGAUUUGAAAUGAAGAUUUUGGCGUAGGCAUCGUCGAUGUAUAAAAACCUGUUUAUUUGGGCUCUUUUCUUAGCUACUAGUUUUUAGUUAUUUUAAAUCAAUUCCAGAAUGAUUUCCCUUUUUAAAAAAUCCGGUUUUUCGGUGUUUGAAAGAGGUUUUGCAAAGAACAAAGUGUUUGAAGCGGUUCUUUUGAUUGUCCAUUUUAUUUUUGUUUACAAACAUGAAAUCUUGACCUGACCCAUCUGGUGAUCGAUCUAAUAAAGGUUGAAAAUAUUACUCUGAUGCUGAUUCAGACAGUGAUUUUAUUAUUUCAAAUGCAGAAGCUGAUUUCUUUGAAUAGUAUGAUUAUAAUCCUAGUACUAGUAGUAGUAGUACUAGUGACGAAAUAAUAAAAUUGGUAAUUUAUCAGCUGAUGAACAACCAGCCCCUCUCCCAGCCAAAUUGCACAUCAAUAUGAAUUGUUUUAGUUUUAGGCUUACCAUAGCUAAAUAAGGAUGAAAAGAUAUGACAAAUGUAUGGUAAAUGUUCCAUUUACCAUUAUAAUGUUAGUACAUACAAGAAUACAGUUUAGUGUAAAUAUUUUAUAAUAGAAACAAAUUGUUUCCAGUGGAAAUAGUUUUUUUUCCACAAAUUUUUUGUGUGAUCGUGACAAUGGAUAAUGUGCUCUGAGGUUUAAUUUUAUUCGUUUUUUAAUUUGAUCUUUAUUAUUUGUGAUGCACAUAUGGAUAUAGUUCAGAAAAAAAACAUUUUUGUUACACUUUGGAUUAUAUAUUUCUCCUCGUGUGACUUGGAAUGAGCAUUUUGUGAACAGUUGGUUAGUUUUUAAUUUUUAUUUUUCUGAAAUGAUAAUCACAUUUAUAUAUUAAAAUGUAAAACCAAGUCUUGUUUGCUUGUAAAGGGCAUACAUUCUCCUUUAAUUCCAUACCAAACUUAGCACUUUCUGAUGAAAAACAAAAAAAUUAUGAGGGUUUAGAGACAACAUAGUAGUGCGUUACAAAAAUGCAAAAUAGAUAAUUCCGUCAGAACGCGGAAAAUAAUUCCGGAGAGAAAAAGUUGACAUGUUUAAUAAUUUUUCUACAUUUUUAAUUUUUUGAUGGCUCAAUCUUUCUAUAAAAAUUUAUAGAGGUGAUUAAACAUAAUUUAACUUUCUUUUAUAAUUUGCAUUGUUAUUUUAUAGCAUGGAUUAUUUUAAAUGUUUUGGGAUGAUUUUUAAACAUUCCAAAAUUUGCCAUUAAUGUCAUAGUAAAAAGGGAAAUUUUUCUUGUGGAUAAGAUGUUUAAAAGGAAGUAAAAGACAUUUAUUUUAAAUAAUCAGACAAAAUUAGGAAAUUUAUAACUGAUAUGAUGCUUUAUUAUUUUACUUUUCUUAAUUUUUAAAAAUAUGGAAAUGACAAAAGUCUAGUUAUAUAUUUUUUUAAAUUGUGUAAUGGGGAUUGAAAUUUAUGUGCCUAAAAUGCUUCAAUGGUAUUAUUUCAGACCAGAAGGUAAAGAUUAUUCAUUGCACAGACUUAUUCUUGGAACUCACACGUAAGCUCAGCCAUAUAUAUUUUCUAAUUUCUUCGAGUUAAAACUAUUUACUUAAUCAAAUAAUAGAAUCAAUAAAAAGGUAUAAAAACUUUAAUAAAAAUUUUUUAGAGCUCUUUUAAAUUUAUCUGUUACCUUAAUAAAUUCUAAUAUAUUUUAAAAAAAUUAAUUAAUAAUAAAUAAACUUUAAAAAAAAAAUUGUUAUUUUAUUCCUGGCACUAUAUCAAUAAAAUUGUUGAAAUAGUCCAAAUGUAUAUGUUUUUUGUGUAGUAUUACUAUGUUUUUCUGUAAAACAAGAGACAUGAUUGUUGUUUGCUAUUGCACCUCACAUUAACAGAACUUCCACUGCAUCUUCCAGUUCGGAUGAACAGAAUCACCUUUUGAUAGCAAGUGUUCAGUUACCUAAUGACAAUGCUCAGUUUGAUGCAUCACACUAUGAUAGUGAUAAGGGGGGUAAGUGCAAAUUUCAAAUUGUCUCUUCAGCAUUUAGUUUAUAUGGAAGUUUGUUAUUUUAAUUUUACAGAAGAUUUAUUUUAAAUGAUUUUUAUAAACUAAAUAUUAUGCUAGGCUUCUAAAGUGCUCAAUGUAGAGAUAAUGUGAAUGUCUAUUUUUAAAUUUUAUAUGUAAAUAUGUACCUAUAACAUAGUCAAUCAUUUUAAAAUAAAUUUAAAUAAUAUCUUAAAUUAGAUAUGUUUACUCCCACCAUUACAGAAUUUGGUGGCUUUGGCUCAGUCAGUGGAAAAAUUGAGAUAGAGAUUAAAAUUAAUCAUGAGGGUGAAGUAAAUCGUGCCAGGUACAUGCCACAGAACCCUUGUAUUAUUGCAACUAAGACACCAUCUAGUGAUGUUCUUGUUUUUGAUUACACAAAGCAUCCAUCCAAACCAGGUAAAUAUUUUUCCCUGCAGUUUAUGUGCAUAAAUAUUCAGUUUUUUAAGCAGGAAGAAAUUUCCCUAUUUAAUAAUUAUUUACUUUUUGUGUAAGUUAACUUUAUUGAUCUCAAAAUGGCAAAUGUAAUCUUUAAAAGCUUUAAUGAGUCUAUGUUAACAUGGAAGUCUCAUGUCUCAAAUCUAUAUUUUUUCAUCAGACCCAAGUGGAGAAUGUAUUCCAGAGUUACGUUUGAAGGGACACCAAAAAGAAGGGUUAGGAAUUUUUGUCUUUGUUCCUUUACAAUCAUGGAGCCAACCAAACCUAUCAGAUUUUACAGCUCUAAAAUGCCUGGUUAUAAAGUCCAUCUUACAUAGUAUAAUUAAAGUUGAUAACAGUAAAAACCCUCUAUGUUAAUCACUUUAAUUACUAUUUACCCAACUUCAAAUCUACCCAUUCUACUAAUUAUAGUCGUUGUGUGCUCCCCCCCCCCCCCUCAAUUUCACUUUUAACAGUUGCUAGCGGUAGUAGACGGUUUAUCGACUGGGAAUAGUGUUGAGCAUUAUUCCCAGCCGACUGUAUAUAAUAGUGCUAUCAUAAUAAAGUCUGUUAAAAUUAGAACAAAUGAUCGAUUCAAUAAUAUAGCCCAUAAUUCUGCUGCAUUCUUUUCUUUUUUUGUAAUGCUAGUAAUAGUAAACCAUUUAUUGGCUGGGAAUAACACUUAAGCAUCAUACACAGUCCCCUGGGAAUAUCGUGGAGCUUUAGCCCCAGCCGAUUGUGAAUAAAGCCUUCCUGAAAAAGUGUGCUUACUUAACCUUAUUACUUCAACAACCUUUUCAGAUACGGAUUAUCUUGGAACCCAAAUCUCAAUGGACACUUAUUAAGUGCAUCUGACGAUCAUGUGAGUAAAAUGCAUUAGUUAUUCAGAUUUUUCGAGUUACAAUAAUAUUUUAUGGAUAUCAAGUAUGAGUUCAUGUGAUGACAAAUGUGAAUGUUGUGUUGUAAAAUUUCAGUUGGUGAGGAUGUGGAAAGAUGUUUUGACAAAACAUGUUUACACAUUUGGGUUGAUAUGUUUUAUAAUCAUUUACUGUGUAUUUUACUCUACUUCAAUAUGACCAUUAAAUAUAUAUAUACUAUACUAUACAACUAUUAGGAACAUAUUCAACACAAUCUGGGUCCAACAAACACACCCUGUCAAAAGAUCCUCUCAUUUAGGCCCAAAUGAAAUUAGUCCUGUCUAAACACAUACUAUCAAGCUCGAACUGUUACUAAGACUGGACUGCACUGUGACCUGAACUUGGAACCUUCUCCCACUAUGUCUCACACAGUUUAUAUUACCCCAUAUCUCACUCCAGAUGACUUGUAUCGUCGGCUCACUUUUAUUCCCCGUGUAAAUUAUUGAUGAGCUAACUUAUGAUACUUAACAAUCUUUUAUCUCUGGGUCCGUACUUUUUGAUACAAUGGGCAUCUUAAAAAAUAAUUUUACUGUCGAAAAAAAUGAUUUUCCACAUUAUCCGUCAAAGUAGCUGACCUAAAAACAUUCCAGGAAUCUAAUGAACUAAUGACAUUUUUCUCAAACAGACGAUAUGUUUAUGGGAUGUCAAUGCUACUCAGCGCCAGGAAAGAGUUAUUGAUGCUAUGACUAUCUUCACUGGCCAUACUUCAGUUGUAGAGGUAUUUAAGAGUCAUGUUUCUUUAAAAUGUAUCAUUUUAUGCUAAUUUAUGCGUUUAUAAGCUAUACUAUAAUGUACUUCUAAUGUGGACUUCUGUGGUUAAAAUUUCCAUAAUUUAGCUACGGAUUAAAUUAUUAUUAACCCUUUACGGGGCAGAGGUACUUCCUCUUGCAUGUCCUGAACAGGCACCACUUUUCCGUUUUUUAGUAAGAUUUAGGGUUACGUUACAAAAAAAAUCAAAUCUAAGAUGUUAGUCAACAAAUUUGUGUGAAAUAAAAAGCAAAAUAAAGGAAAAUGAAUGCAGAUUUAUUAUUGUACUCACAUGUUGCCAUUAAUCCUCAUAUGAACACAAAUAUUUGCAAAAAACAACAUAUUGUUUGUGAUUGUGAGUCAUCUAUUCACUAUUGACAAACACUGCCACAAAAUCGAAGUUUGUAAAAUUCAACACUGCUUACUACGCUGAUUUUACUAAUAAUACUAAUAUCUAGUUCCAAUUUAAAGUCAAUUCGUGCACUUAAAUGUCACUUAAAUUGAAUCCAGCGAAAUCUCCACUAUCACUUGAAUAAUAGGCAAAUAAUCUGAAAAAUCCAUUUUGAAAAAAAAUAAUUUUGUAAACACCUAAAACUACACACAAAAAAUCGAUUAAAUACUUGUAACUGGCGCCUACUCUAUUUAGCUAUCGGAAAAACCGGAUGUAAACAAUAGGAAGUCUCCAUAAGGCUUGGAGGUCACGAGAAAACAACACUAUGUCAUCACCGGCACUUUUGGGCGUCUUGCCCUUUAAGGGGUAAAGACGUUUUCAGCCGGUCUGCCCCGUAAAGGGUUAAAGUGGUCUAAUAUAGCACAGUACCACAGCCUUGGGCUAAGCUCACCACGCUUCACAUAAAAUUUUGCAAAAGGAAACAUGACAUUAAAAAUAGGUUACAUAAAAUUAUUCAUUUAAAAACCGCUUUGUAAAAAGAUUGACCUUGCCCACCAAAGUACUAUUUACAAAAUUGCAGGUAUAAUUAGAAGUUUGUAAUAGCUAAAUCGAUUGUUUGCUGCUUGUCUCAGUGCUCAGUUUCCCAACCUGGGGUAGAACUCCAGAGGAGGAGCUAUUGACUUCUAAUUGAAGCUAUAUAUGUUUUUUAUAUUUUUAAAAAAUGUCUUCAUGAAUAUUUUACUUUAUGUCAUAAGUCACAUAGUUCUAAGCUCUUAGUACACUUAGUACUGGUAAUUCAUUAUUUGAAAAAGAGGUCAAUUUUUGUCCGAUUUUAAAAUGGAUUGUUCCUUUUGUUUGAGGUGUCAGACUGAGAGAAACAAUUGAGAGGGAAUGCAGUUGAGGUUGGGAAACCAUUGCAUUUAAUGCUGCUAAUUCAUCAGGUGUAAUUAGCUAUUAAAUUCUAUUGCAUCUGUUUUGCAGAGAAGGUUGGUAAUCCCCUGUAAGUGAAUGUUGCUAAUUCAAAUGGUGUAUUCAGCUAUUAAAUUCUAUUCCUUUAUUGGUAACUAUUUUUUUAAACAGGAUGUUGCAUGGCAUUUACUUCAUGAAAGCUUAUUUGGAUCUGUAGCUGAUGAUCAAAAGCUAAUGAUGUGAGUUGUGUUCAUAUAUAAAUGUCCUAAAGAUUUUGGCCAAUACUCUUUUAAUUUUAUUUUAACAUUUUGAUUUGCCUUUAGCUUAACCAUACAGAAUAAAUUUUGUUGGGUCCUUUACUUUAUAAUGUUUAAUAAAACAUGUUCAGUUCCCAUUGGUAUAUUUAAUUUUUUUAUAUAAGAACAUUUAGCAAAAAGUAUAGCAAAAUUUAAUUAUUUUUAUUCAUCCAUAAUGAAUUUUUAAAAAUUAAGUCCUUGAAAAAAAAUUCCGUUUUUGUUGUUAAAAUUAUAUUAACUCAAGUUGACUUUUCUUUAUAACAGCUGGGACACCAGAUCGAAUAACACAAGUAAACCAAGUCACACUGUAGAUGCACAUACUGCUGAGGUCAAUUGUCUCUCUUUCAACCCUUACAGUGAGUUUAUUCUUGCCACAGGCUCGGCAGACAAGGUUUGUUUUUUUUAUUUUUCAUUGUCUUAAAUUAAACUAGUAUUGCAUUACCGAAAAAUAAGUAUUAUUUAAACAUUAUUUCUUUUUUAAUAAAUGCUUGCCAUUUUAAACACUCUAAAUUAACCUUUUCUUUAUCCAUAUAUUUCAUUUAUUUUCAGACUGUCGCACUCUGGGACCUUAGAAACCUUAAAUUAAAAUUGCAUUCAUUUGAGUCUCAUAAAGAUGAAAUUUUCCAGGUAAAAAUAUUUCUUUCAUGUUGUAUUAAACAUGUGAAAUAUCAAUAUGCAAGGCAUAAGCUAAAACUAUGUGUAUUCCUUUAAGGGAUGGCUAUUCUCAUGGCAUGGCUUUCUUUCAUAAUUACCAUUUGUGAAUUUCAAAUUAAUUUAUUUUACAUGACUCAUGUAGGUUCAGUGGUCGCCUCAUAAUGAAACUAUUCUAGCAUCUAGUGGGACUGAUAGAAGACUACAUGUCUGGGAUCUGAGGUAAAUAUUUCACAGCUAGCCAGUUUUUCUUAUUCAAUAUGUUGUUCAUGUAUAAUUGAAAAUUCAAUAUUGUCAGUCUUCAGUAGUUUAAUAUUACAAAAUUUGCUUUUAAAAAAUAAAUUAGUUUUAUUGUAUUUUUUAAAUUUAUAUUUACACAAUUUUUUUCAAAGAAUUGUGUUAUUUUAAAAUAUUCUAGUUUUUUUUCUUGUAUUUCUCUUACACAGUAAGAUAGGGGAAGAGCAAUUACCAGAGGAUGCCGAGGAUGGUCCCCCAGAGUUACUGGUAAACAGUCAUCUUAAACUGUUUGUAAUUAUUUGGUUUCACCUGAAUGGCCCCAUACCUGGGGACGUUGUAAUGAGUAUGGUCCAACUGUUCAAAAAAUAUCUUAAAAAUUGACUGAUCAAAAAUUGUCCCAUUUAGUAAGUUUUGAUAAAAUUUUCAUAAGCAUUAUGGUAGAAAUUAGUUUUAAAAAUUACAUUUAGAGAACUCACACUUAAUUUCACAAAUGUGCAACUUUAACAAUAUCAUAUUUUUAAUUACAGUUCAUUCACGGGGGACAUACUGCUAAGAUCUCUGACUUUUCCUGGAACCCAAAUGAGCCCUGGGUUAUUUGCUCUGUGUCAGAGGACAACAUCAUGCAAGUGUGGCAGAUGGUGAGUAAACAAGUCUGAUGGUUACCAUUAUUAUACCUUUUUGCUACUUGACGUUCAUUGGGAUUUUUUUUAAAUGCCAAUAUUAAAAUUUUAGCUUGCUCUAAGUUAAACUAAUUAAAAUUAUUUUUCUUAAAAAUUGCCUAACUUUUAUUUUUUUCAUUUUAAUACCGGUAUGUAAUUACGACUGAGAAAGAUUUAAUUAUGCUAAAAUGCAUAGGAGUUUGUGCAGUUUAUAUAGUAAAUUUUGAAAUAUAUUCUGGUAUAUAUAUUUCAUUCAUUUUUGCUUGAAAGCCUUUGCAAGAUAAUGGUAAUUGCUAUUUACUUCUGCUGUAAUGUCAUCUAUAUUGUUAACCUUUGAUACUUUUUAUGUAAACCUUAGCUAAGGGGGGUAACUAUGUUUGGAGCACAAACUAGUAUAGUUCCAUUACUUAGAAUAAAUUGUAUUUUAAAAUAUCUUAACUAGAAUAUGGGUACACUGUCACAAGUUAUCUAUCAUGAUCAUGUACAGGGCGAAAUGGAAGACUGGCUUAAGAGCAUGUGUAUAAAGUUGUAUUUAACUGAAUUUUCAUUUUAUUUCUUUCAAAGGCUGAGAACAUUUACAAUGAUGAGGAGCCAGACCAACCUGUGGGGGAACUUGAGGCAGCAACAUCAUAACCUGACUUCUUUCCAUGUUUUCUCACCCAUUGACAGUCAUUGUUUGCUUUUUCAUGCUACAUUUCACCACAUGAUUGUUACACUCAUUCUGCUAUGUUCAUAUAUUUAAGUGGUAUGUGUCAAAUACAUUUUAUUAUUGUUUCCUUAUCAUAAAAAUGAUUGCAGUUCAGUCAGAUUGAUUUUCCUAGACAUAUAAUUUUUCAACACACUUAUGAAAGGUAUAAAAAUUAAACUUCAAAAUGUUUUUGAGUAAAGGCUGAUUUUCUGUUCCUAUUUAUCCCUUAGUAUUUUCUCUAUGAUGUGACUGCCAUAGUUUAAAGUGCUAUUUAGUUAUAAGCCAAAUUUUGUGGCUUAUUUAUAUGUUAACUAAUAUUUUAGAUCUUUAAAAAAUGUGCCUAUGAAGUACAUAAUAAAAAAAUAUUUAGGUCCUUGUGAUUGAAAAGUUUUUCAGCUGGUCACCCACUAUCGCAUGACUUAUUAAUAGUUACAGUAUUUAUUUUAAAUUCAUGCGCCAAUCAUGUUAACAGAGAACUGGUGUAUAUUUAUAUAACCUGUCUGUUUGAUAAUUAUUUAGCAUGCUAAACGAAUUAUUAAUUUCAUUCUGACAUGAUGACAAGAAAUGCAUAAUUUGUAUGCAGUGCCUCUUGUUACAAAGUAGUGGAUCAAAAUUUCUUGUAGAAUGUAACAACGUAUCCGCAAAUUUAGUAUGCAAGUACAAGACACAAGUCUGAGAAGAAGUUUUCAAACUCCUGUUUAAAUAAGUAACACUCAAUGAUUUGUUUAGCCUUUGAUGAUGGACAAUAAAUAGAUUUUGUACAAAGUUGCAACACGUGGUGGUACAGGUAUUUGGCUUAUUUUUCGUGGUUCAGAUCUGAGAUUGUUCUCUGGAGCAAGACCUUAGAUUCGUUGGAGAUUUUUGGCAACAAGUAACUAAUUUGGUUAGGGCCUUUUAGUUUUAGCAACAAGAACAUGUGUUGGUCGGAUAUUUUGGAAACAAGCACAUAGGUAGUGGGAUAGAUUGCCAACAAGGCUAUACUUUGCCAACAAGGCUAUACUUUGCCAACAAGGCUAUACUUUGACAACAAGGCUAUACUUUGACAGGGCAUUCUUUAGAGUAGAAUACAAUAAUUGGGUAAAAUAGGGAGGGUGUCUGAUCAAUGUGUGAUAAACAUAAAAUUGAUGGUUUAACUGAAUGCUCAUUAUUUGAGUUGGUGCUGCUUAACAUCAUAUGAUGUUUUACUAAAGUACAUUUUAUAUUACUGGAGCAUAUUCCACAAAUUAGACUACCAGUGCUUGACAAAUUACCUUUGUUUGAAAGGGGUCAGUUGGUCAACUAAAUGCUAAGAGUUGUUCUUAAAAAAUUAUUUUGUUUCUCCACCAAGUUGUUUUGUAAAAAAAAAAAAAAAAGUUAUUAUCCAGGCUAUUUGGAAGUGUUAAAAACUCAAAUG